GGAUAUUUUGACAGUCAUUGAAAGAAAAAGUGCGAAUGAUAACAGUAGUUAAAGAACGUUUUAGCGUGCCUGUUUUGCGUGAAUAAUAAAAAAAUCAACUAUUCGAUACCGCGAAAAUAGUAAGAGGUUGCGUGAAAUUUAAAUCCAUACCGAUUCUGCCGGACAGAUAAUCCGAUUAGCGUACGGUUUCCAAGCAAUGGUAUUCUAUUUCAUCAGCAAUGUUGUGCAGCCACCGGUGACACUUUUCAUGGGCAUCGAUAAGCAUGAAAACGAAGAACUCAUCAAAUGGGGUUGGCCAGAAGAUGUUUGGUUUCAUGUGGAUAAAGUGUCAUCGGCACAUGUGUACUUACGAUUGCAGCCGGGUCAGACCCUCGAUGACAUCCCGUCAGCGGUCCUGGAGGAUGCCUGCCAGCUGGUCAAGGCCAACAGUAUAAAUGGAAACAAAAUGAAUAAUAUCGACAUCGUGUACACCAUGUGGGAGAAUCUCAAGAAGACACCGGCAAUGGAAGUCGGCCAGGUUGCGUUCCAUAAGGACAAAGAGGUUCGGAAAAUGCGUGUCGAAAAACGUAUUAACGAAAUAGUAAACCGACUCAACAAAACCAAGCGGGAGGAACAUCCGGACUUUAGAGCGGAACGCGAAAAGCGAGACGCUGAUGAGCGCGCGGAUAAGAAACGGUUGGCUCGCGAGGUUCGUGAGAAAGAAAAGGAAGAGGAAAAGCGGCGCAAAGAGGAAGCGGAAUUGUGGAGCUACAAUUCGAUUAUGAAGUCGGAGAACAUGUCAAGUAACUACGAUGCCGGAAACGAUUCGGAUGAGUUCAUGUAACGGGAAUAUCUAUCGAAAUAAAUUAUGUGUUGUACGCUACAAUA